CCGAGAGAUCCAAGAAAAUGGGAAUGAACCCAGCAGCUCAGCGGCCGGGCUGAGCAGAACUAAGCAGCCAAGCAGAUCUCAGGAUCUCCUUUUUUGGAUACUCCACUUGGUGGCGCUCGGCCCGUGUGGCCAUCCGAAGCCAAUGGAAAUCCCUCCAGGGCCUCUUUCGCCCGAGUCCUUGAAAUCCCUCCCAGAGAUCUUCCGCAUUCUGGUCGUGUGUGGAGCCACCGGAAGUGGGAAGACGCGCAUCGUUCAGCAGCUGGUGGAGUACUUCCAGCUGGAGGUCAGCUCUGAGCAGAUCGUCUUCGAAGACGACAUGGCGGUCUGCAGCCAUCCAGCCCUAGGUGAUGACUAUUUGGAGAAGCUGCAGGCCGUGGGCUUAAACAGCGUACCCAGCUGGAUGAAGGCGGAGAAGGCCUUGAGCACCGGACAGCAGCAACGGAUCCGUAGCGCCAUCCGAGCAUCUUCAGAGAGCAAAGGCAUUCUCUACGACGAUUUCUGCUGCUUCGUGGACCAGCAGAGCUCCUACUCCUGCGCGGCAAGCAUCUACAGACUGGUGAGAGACAAUGAAGGCCUGAACUACAUCAUCGUUGCCACCACGCGGCCUGAUGUCAUCCCCUAUUUGGGAGCCGACAUUGUGAUAGAAGCUGCCACAGGAAAGAUCCACAACAACCCGUUGGAGUUUGCAGAGCGCAAGAUGGUUGUGAAGAUUGAGCACGAGGAGCUGAAGUUCAACUUCGGCAAGGGCUGCAGCGGCUGGCAGGGACCUUUGGACAGUGCUCCAAUGCGGAAAGCAGAGGAUUACGGCCGACCUUCAACAACCGUGCAGUUCGCAACGGUGGCCAAAAGCUUCACAACGACCGUGAAGGAGACCGAACGAACGGCCGAAGCAGCUCAUGCGUUUGACUACACCUUCAAAGGGACAGUCACGCAGACAGUCCACCUGAUAAAGGCUCAGUGUUUGCCAGGCGGCUGGCGCGUCGGCGCGCUCUGCGGGCCGAGCGGCUCCGGCAAGUCCGUGAACCUCCGGAACCUUGGACAGGAGGCGAAGAUCGUGUGGAAGGCUGACAAACCGGUGGGAGAGCAAGUUGCUGCUGACUUGCUGGAUGUGGUGCUGCUGCCCUUGCCUGCGAGGCAGCGGUUCUUCCAUGAGCUCUCAGCCGGUGAGAAGAUGCAGGCCGAUUUGGCCUACCGGCUGGCGCGGCCGGAGAAUCGCCUUGUGCUGGCGGAUGAGUUCACGUCCGUGCUGGAUCGGACCCUCGCAGCCAGGCUUUGCGCGUCGGUCGCCUCUUACGUGCGGGAGAAUCUGCUUCAACUGGUUGUGGCCACCAUCCAGACGGAUGUGGUGAAACACCUCCGAGCGGAUUGGUGCUUUAGAUCGGACUACGCGGAGCUCCUCACCUUCAGCGGUCCUUGUGAGUGUCCAGAGCCACCUGAGCUGCCUGAAGUGGAUUACUUCUGCCCGCCGGUGCGCACCUUCACCUUGGCCCGUCUCCGCGACUCCAAGCACACCCACGAGGUUUUCAAGGGCACCUUUGAAGAGCACCACUACUUGAAGCAGGGAUUGCCUCUGAUGUGGGGCUUGUUGGUGCGAGAUGAGCAGCAGCUUCCGGUUGGCUUUCAUGCCAUCGCGUGGCAGACUGGCUGCGGAGCACCACGUGAAGCACGCGUGGUGCUGCUGCCGGAGUUCCAAGGAAUGGGCUUGGGAACUCGGCUAAGCGACCGCGUCGCAGAGCUGUGCGCAAACUGCGGCUAUGCCUUGCGAGCGAAAACGAAGCACCCUCGCCUGGGAGGCUAUCGCAACAGCCGCCCGAAUCUGUGGAGAGCCAGUGCGACGAAUGGGCAGAUCUGCAAGGGCAGCUUGCGUUCGAGCCUACGCGAGAUGAAAGCAAGGCAGAAGCAGGUGAAGGGGCAGCAGCUGCUGCCAUUUGCGCCCCUCAAGCAGAGCAAGGUGACAACGGAAGAUGAGGUGGAACAUCCUCGGAGGUGCUUCUCGCAUGUGUACGUCGGCGGCGGGGUUCUUCUACGCACCCCGCAGAAGCGAAAUGAGCACGCUGCAAACCUGGAGCAACCUUCGCAGGAGAAAGUCAAGAAGAAGAAGGGCCGGCCGCGCAAGGCGGAGGACGAGCAGCCCAAGCGGCCGCGGGGACGGCCCCGCAAGAUCCCCACGGAGGGCGAGCCGCGACCGGGCGAGCCGGAUCGCCCCACAGGGGGCAAGCGCAAGAGGAGGGCGAUGGAGGAAGAGGAGAAGUGAAGUUGCAGAAAGUGGUCGUGAGACCACGAGACCAUGGUUUAGUAUCUUUCAAUUGUUUUUUUUGGUGCUGUGUGCACUGCGAGUGCAGCAGAGAGGGCACAAGCUGCCUGGGGAAAGUUCCAUCUUGGAGCUGAGAUGUGGAUGUUAGAUGUUUGUCCACAUUAAAAAUUUGUGGAGCCGAAUCGCCUUUAGAUUCACAGCUCUGUGACAUCACAGGACGGGGGUCCAGACGCAGG